AUGGAGAAGCUCCAAGUCUUGGACAUUACUGGCUUAUCUUUUACCUCUCUGCCUUUGUCGAUUGAGCUCCUUGAAAACCUCAAGUCCCUCUGUCUUGAUCAAUGCCGUUUGGAGGAUGUGACUAUUAUUGGAAAGCUGAAAGGAUUGCAAUUCCUAAGUUUCCUUGACUCUACAAUUGCUCGGCUGCCCAAAGAAAUAGGUGGAUUAACAGAACUGAGAUUUUUGGACUUGACGGGGUGCACCGAGCUCAAAGUUAUCGAACCUGGCAUGCUUGGAAACUUGGUUAAUUUAGAAGAACUUUAUAUGGAAAACAGUUUUGAUCAGUGGGAGGCCGAGGAUAAAGUACCGCGAAGCAACGCCAGCCUUGCUGAGUUAAAGAACAUGAAGAAUUUGAGCACUCUAUCUAUUGCCAUUCCUCAUUCUGUCAAUCUCUUAAGAGACCUGCCAUUUGGGAAAUUGAACAUGCAUAAAAUCCAGAUUGGGGAAGUUUGGGAUUGCUUGUGCAUGCACAAAGAAUCUAGAACUUUAGAGCUCAAGCUGGAUUCAAGCUAUCUUCUUCUUGAAGAGUGGGUGCAGAAAUGUUUGCAGAGAGCGCAAGAUCUUCAUUUGGGUGGACUGCAAGAUGGCAACGAUAGCAUUCACGAUUUGUGCAUCGAAGAUGCCGAGGCUGAAGAUGGAGAUGAAAUAGAUGAUGAUCCGAAAGUAAAGUCAUGCAAGUUGCGUAGGCUGACAUUACGAAACUUGCCAAUGAUAACGAGCUUCUAUAAAAGGGCCGACUAUCCGGUUGAUUUAUUUGAUGCGCAGCAGCUUGUAUUUUUAGUUACAAGCAUUAUUAUGAAUAGUGUGGGUUAUUCACCCUUUGCGGUUAAUGAAGCUACGAGUUUGGAAGCCAUAACCAUUGAAAGAUGUCAAUUAAUACGAAAAGUAUUUGACCUAGAAGGACUCACAACCAACGAGGAAGUCGAGAUUUUAUCGCGAUUGAGAGAAUUGACCUUGAGUGACUUAUCAAGUUUGGAAUACAUAUGGAAUAAAAAUCCACAAAGAGCAUCAUGUUUCCAAAACUUGAGGACACUGAAGGUGCAAAACUGUGAGAACUUGAGGUUUCUUUUUUCCUCUUCCAUGGCUAAAGCACUCAAGCAAAUAAAAGAAAUAGAAAUAGUGAGUUGUGAUAAGAUGGAGGAAAUUAUUAAUGUGCAAGAAGAAGAACUGGAGGAAGCUAAAUCCGCUGACACUUUAAAUUUUCCUAUAUUAACCUUCUUGUCUCUUGAGGAAUUGCCAAAUCUCAGGACAUUCUCUUAUGAAAAGUACGAUAUUCACUAUCCAUCCUUAACAAGACUGACGAUAUCUAGCUGCCCCAAAAUGAUGACAUUCUCUUCAUCCGAAAGAAAGCAACAAUUGAUGAGAGCUGAUAUAGGUUUACAGCAAGCAUUUGGUCAUAUCAACUCUGGCUUGUCCUUGCCUGUUUUUUUCAAUGAAAAGGUUCUUUUUCCGAGGUUGGAGGAAUUGAAACUUUCAUCCAUGUGCCGAUUAAAGAGGAUAUGGCACAAUCAACUCCCUGAAGAGUCCUUUUGCAAACUCACAUCCUUCACUGUUGAACUUUGUGAAAAUUUGUCACAUGUUUUUCCAUCAAAUUCAAUGGAUAGGCUGCAGAGCCUAAAUAAAAUUGAGGUGGUCGGGUGUCCCUCCUUGGAAGCAUUAUUCGAAUGGGUAUGUCUUAGCUCUGAGAAAAGGCAAACACCAUUGGUCCUCUCUGCAUUGAAAAAAAUAAAGUUGUGGAAUCUACCAAGGCUUAGAGACGUGUUGAAGAGUGACCGCAAAGUGAACUUUAAAUCACCUUGUCUAAUGGAAGUUGACGUGCGGUGUUGUCAUAGUUUGCCAUAUCUCUUUUCAAGUGCCACGGCUAGAUCUCUUCGUAAACUUGCGAUACUUGAAGUUUCUGUUGCAAUAACCUACGGGGCAUAA